GGAAAUUUGUGAGAUUUCAAACUUCAAGGUUACUCCUUUCCUAUGGCUUCGGACUUUUAUAUUUCUAACGUUAAGUUAGAAUAUCAGAAACUUAGAGAUAGAGUUGAAAAGCUUGAAAAAGAAAAAGAAAUGCUCAUGGCAGAACUCGGACACAGGGAACAAAAUUUUUGUGGGAAUAUACUUGCAUUUGUUGAGAGCUUGUUUUUGAAUACGAAAUACAGUGAUGUACUGUUCAAAACACCGAACGUUCUUGUCCCAGGGCACAGAUUUGUUCUCGAUGCUAGGGGAGGAGUUUGGAAUGUUUAUACAGAGGAUGGUGUAGAAUAUAUAAAUAUACAAGGUUAUCGUCAAAAUGUAUGCGAAGCUUUUAUUCUAUGGACUUAUAGAGGCAUAUUGGAAGAGUACGAAGCACAAUGUUUGUCCGAUUUAAUGACACUUGCACGAGAAUUUUGCUUGCCUUCCUUAUUUACCCAGUGCGAAAUCGCUUUAAUUCCUUUAGUGACAAGAGAAAACUGUUUGUCAUUGUAUUCGUCUUCGCAUAGAUUAAGAGCCACCCGGUUGUUAGACCAUUGCUUCUCGUUUAUGUCACGUGUUUGGCCUAAUUUUUCAGUGAAAGAAAUUUCUAAAGUUUCUGCCCCUGUCUUGCAAUCUUUUCUCGAGAAGUAUUCCAAGUUCCCUGUUCACUCAGCAAUUGACCUUGGAAGAGAUGACACAGUUUUAUCUUUGCUUAACGUUGAUCAUCCAAAGGCUAAACUCCUCGUAAAUCAACUGAAUGAAAAUGGUCUAUCACCGUUAUAUAUGGCCCUAAAGGAUGCAAAUUUCGAGCUUGCUGAGAAACUAAUUGGUCUAGGCGCAGAUAUAAACGCACUUAUUGGUCCUACUGACGAAAAGCAACCUGUUACUCAGUUUACGUUUAGAAAAAACCAUUAUGAAGCUGUCCAAUUUCUCUUGCUUCAUGGCUCCAAUUGUGAUUUCUGUGAUUCAAUCUCGUCUCGCACACUGCUUCAUAACAUUGCAGUAACCGACGCAAAGGAAAUGUCAGAAGCUGUGAUAAAUAUAGCAAAAACAUUAAUCCAACAAAGUGCUAAUAUUUCUUCCCAAGAUAUAGACGGAAAUUCACCGUUGCAUUUAUCUAUUUUGCACAAUAAUUCAAGUUUAUUUAAUUUGCUGAUCAAUCAUUCCAAGAAGCCUAAUUUAGAUUUACCCAAUAAUCAAGGAUUAUGUCCACUGUGGUUAGCGCUUGUUAGAAAGUUCAAUUUUCGUGAUCCGAGUGUUUAUGGAUUUAAAUCUAACUCAUUGACAAGUAAUUCAUAUGACUUCGCUAGUCAGUUGAUUGAAAAUGGUGCUAACGUGAAUUAUAGAUUCACUGAUGUUCAUUAUUCUGCAUUGAAUGUUAAAUCUUUGAAGAACCCACUUCCAGGUGACACUUUGCUUUUGGCUGCUUCACGAAUCGGAUGGGAAUCAGCUGCUUUAUUUCUUCUUGAUCACUCACAAUGUGAUCCUACUUUAAAAUCAUUUACUCAAGGAGAAACAGUUUUUCAUGUUGCCGUAGAAGCUGAACUGUCUAAUUUAUGCAAUUGCUUGAUUAUGCGGAACGACACUGACCCAAAUCGUUUACGGUUUUCCAAAGUUAAUAUAAUAACAUCAGACAGUGAGGAAAUCCUGUCACAAACUUCUUACGAAAGUACUUGUGUGAAAGAAACUAAUCAAAUGAACUUUACGAAGUCAUUAAAUCCUUUCGACGAUGACUAUGAAAGUAAUGAUUACUGCAAUCUCUUAUCUAACCCUAUGGAUAAUAUAUCAUGUCAAGUGAAUAGUUCACAUUUAUCCACUGACUCAGCAGUUAACGGUACUAUUAUUUCCACUCCAUCGGUAUUAGAUUCAUCAUCAUUGAGAGAAAUUAAAAGUGACCACAAGUCUACCCAACAAAUAUACUGCAGUCCUUUACAUCUUGCUGUACAACACAAAAUGUUUGGAAUACUCGAAUUUUAUCUUGAAAACAACGCUAAUGUUGAUUGGUUGCUAUUGAAUGAGUCUGAUGAUUCAGUCAUCAGCUUACUUUUGUGGUCGGAGCAGUUUCAGUUGGUCAAGAGAAUAUUAGAAUCUAUAUGUAAUCAAUCAAAGGAUACAUCAGCUAGUCAUGACUCUAAAUUCAAUGAAUCCGAUAACGUUAUUCAAUCAUUUCUAAAUAAAAUACCUACAAAAUGUAAUAAGCCAUCUUUAUUGAUUCAAUCCAUUGAACGUGACCAAUUCGAAGUUGUGAAAUUCUUGGUCGAACAUGAUGCUGAUAUUAAUGAGAACGAAACUGACUGUCAGUCAUAUAUUAACCCUUUAUGGACUGCAUUGAAAUUGAGAAGAUGGACAAUAGCUGAUUAUUUGGUGAAUCAUGGAGCUGAUGUUAAUUCAUGGGCACCGUUUAAUGGAACAAAUGCAAAAGUCACUCUACUACAUCGGGCAAUCCAUGAGAACAAUGAAGAGGCUGGUGUGUUUCUAGUGAAACGAAACUGUGAUGUCAAUGCGUUUGCACAGUUUGAUUAUUCAGUAGAUAAGAAAAAAUCAGAUCAUAUUAUACCAGAAUUAGCUCGAUCACCACUGCAUAUGGCCACUUUAAUUGGAAUGUAUGAACUUGUUCAAGUACUUAUCUCAAGUAAUCGUGUAUAUAUUAACCAACAGGAUUAUAAUGGUGAAACUGCCUUACAUUUGGCAAUCAGAUCAAAAAAUGAAAAACUUGCCAACCUAUUAAUUGAAGCACCUCAAAUAGACUAUACCGUGCGUGAUGCACAAGCAUACACCGUAUUUCAUGUAGCUGUGGAUUUACGUCAACGUGCAAUUGCACAAAGUCUUUUGAAAAAAGACCCUUCUUUAGCUUUACAAGUUGAUAGUUCAGGACGUAAUUUUCUACAUAUUGCAAUAGAAAAUUUCGAUCGUGAAGCUGUUUUUCUUCUUAUUCAAAUUGGAGUUGAUAUGAAUGCUUGUGUACGUGAUGCACAUCGUCUCACACCCUUCCAUUUAGCAAUUAAAACAGGCGUAGAUGAGGAUAUUUUACGUAGUUUGCUUCUUGCCGGUGCAUCUAUUAACUCACAAACACCACAAAAACAAUACGGUCUUCAUUUGGCUGUGAUUUACAAUAGACCGGAAUUAGUACAUUGUUUAUUAGAGAAUGGAGCUGACCCCAAUUCUCAAGAUUCUGAACGUAAUACACCAUUACAUCUAGCUGUUCGACAUGCUAGAGUAGAUUGUCUUGUAAAAAUGCUCAAUCAUUCCGCUACAAAUUGUUACUGUAUAAAUAUCAGAGGUCAAUUGCCGAUCCACUUGCUGGCUCAACAUCAAGGUCCAGUCAGUGUUGAAAUGCUUGAGUAUUUAUUAGAGGUAUCUGUUGCCAAUCAAAUCAAUGCCCAAGAUGCUGCUGGCAAUACUCCAUUAAUUCUCGCAUAUCAAGCAGGAAACAUAUCACUUUGUACCGCAUUACUUCAAGCCGGUGCAUCUUUAGGAAUUAUGAAUUCUGAAGGGGAUACUGUGUUUAGUCUAAAUAAAAAGAAAUGUAAAAGUUCAACUCCUGGACAUGUUCUUUCACAAUUACUAGAUUCACUUAUUCAAGAACCUCGAUGGGAAGAUGGUUCUGUUUGUGUUGAAUGCUGCGUGAAGUUUGGUAUAACUAACAGAAAACAUCACUGUCGCCACUGUGGACGUUUACUUUGUGCUCAAUGUUCAGCAUUCGAAAUACCAAUUGUAAAAUAUGAACUUUCUAAACCAGUUCGAGUAUGUGAGGUUUGUUUUAAUUUCCUGAAUAAUCCAUCCUAGUAUAUGCAUAUUACUGACGAUUAUGAUUUUUAGUCAUUCUCUCAUAGGCUCCAUUAUAUAUAUAUAUACUCUUCCUCAUGAUUUAUGACUUUCGAUUUCUUUCAUAUCAAGUUCUUCUUUGUUGAUUUCUUAUUUUUAUUUGGUAAUUUUAAACAAAGCUGAAUAUAUAUAUAUAUAUAUAUAUAUAUAUAUAUAUAUAUAUAUAUAUUGUGUCGUUAAGUGAUAGAAUGAUGAUGAUUUCUCUCAUUAUGAAUUAAUCACAAUUAAACUGACAGUUUGUUUACUUAAUGUAAUACAUGAUAUAUGCAAAUAAUUGUUUUCUUAAAAAUUCAUUUAUUUUGUUUAUUUCUGUUUUGAGUGUUGGUUUGUUGAUUGAAAACCUUCUUCUCGUUCUUUUGAUUCAAUUAGAAUUUUCUGUUAUUAAUUUAUUAUUAUUUUGUUCUUUAUGUUUAUGCUUUGUGUUAAACUUAUAUAAAAAAUAAAAUAAAAGAGAUUGUUCAUGAAAAUUUGAUCAACUUUUAUUGGGGGGGGGGAGAAUAAAAAUUUAUUGAUGAUUGAUAUUUUAUUGAAUUGUUAUCAUUAAAUAGUGAAUAAAGAAUCACUGAAUAGCUUUUUCAUUUUAAAUGGUGAUUUAUAGAAAUGAAUUAAAGAUGACAGGUCCAAUCCUUGCUUCAUCUAUUUUUGUUUGAUUUAGCCAAAUAGAGUAUCACUAACAUGGCUCGAAACCGAAUAUAUAAUGCUGUACCUUGUUAAAUGAAUUAAACUUACGUCAAUAUUAUCCAAAUUCAAUGAUUUUAAAUUUUACUGAAGUAAAAUGUAGAUUUAUACUAAACGGACGAAAAAUUUGUCAACAGGUCGGUCGUCAUUAUAUAUAUAUGUAUAUUGUAUGUUCAAAAAGUCGUUAUAUAAAUUUAACAAGCAUCUAACCAAGC